AUGCACGAUGCCAGCUUUGUUAUCGCUCUCAUCGAAAGCCGAGGGAUUGCGCACGAAGUGGGUAUGGCCGCUCUCGAUAAAGAUACGGGUAGAGUCAUGCUCAUUCAGACUCUACACCAGAUGCAUGUGCAUACGCCACACAUGAUCCUAGUUCCAGAUACGUUCAUAUCCUCUACAAACACGAGCCUCACUCCUGCGUCUGGUACACGAGGAACUUCAUCGUCAUCGUUGUCGGUGCAGUUCAUCAGGGAGGAGUUUCCUCAAGUCCCCAUCGAACCUGUACCAAGAAAAUACUGGAAUGAUAGCGCCGGCUACCAGUUUAUUGCUCAGUUCUGUGUUGAAGACGAUGAGCGUGCGGCUACACUGGUCUCCGUGACAGACAAAUACUAUACACUCUCAGCUGCUUGUGCUCUUUUCAAAUUUGUAGAAACUCGCCUCAACACUCGCUUUUCUGCGUGUUCUCUUCGUAUACGUUAUAUCCCUGUUGAGGGGACGAUGAUGAUCGACCCCGAAACUGUUAGAAAUCUGGAGCUAAUCAACAAUCAGACCCGCAAGAAAUCCACGCAUUCUCUCUUUGGAGUGCUUAACUACACCUACACCGCAAUGGCUACACGACUCUUGCGAACGAAUAUACUGGCACCCCUGACAGCCCAAAGCGCCUUGGAUGCCCGCCUAGAUGCCGUGGAAGAGCUGAUUCACAGCGAGGACAAAUUUACUGAGAUAAAGGAUGCCUUAAAAGUCUUGAAUAAGAUGGACUUUGACAAGCUCAUCUCCUCGCUUGGGUUUUCUGAAGUACGGCCAACAACAACAGCAAAGGGAGCCUUUUCCCGCGUGUCACAGAUACUCAGCUUGCGCACUGCUAUUCGAAGCCUUCCAUUUUUGCAGAUGGCCUUGAAUGGAUGCAAGUCUCAGCUACUGCUGAUAAUAUACGACAUACUGUCUGAUGAACGGUUGACUAAGAUCGAGGAGCUUAUCGCGGAAAACCUCAACGACGACGCAGGACCGGUCAAGGGAGGGAUUGGCGCGAUUAACGCAAGAGUAUACGCAGUUAAGGCAAACCGCAACCGGCUCUUGGAUGUUGCUCGUGGAACUUUCAAAGAAAAUGUUGCAGAUAUAUAUCAGCUCAACCACGCCCUAAGCGAACGGUAUUCCCUGCCCCUUACUCUUGUUUAUCAAGAAAGUGGCUUCGUGUUUGCUCUCAAGAAGGAUGAGCUUGAGGAUGAGCUGCCGAAGGAGAUUCAUCAACGUAAAAAAAUGAACGCUCGAAUGAAAGAUUCAUUGGAGGAGACGCUGGUCUUAAGCGACAAGAUUAUCCGGGACGUUGUAGGGCAGAUUAUAGCGUUUUCGGGAGUGCUCUAUUCUGCUUCGGAAGCGGUUGCAACCAUCGACUUAUUAUGGUCUUUUGCUCAUGUCUCCAUUACGAUCAAGAGUGGUCGUCAUCCUAUCCUUGAGACUGUUCAGUCCGCUGGAAUGGUCGUUUCAAACGAUAUUUAUUGCAGCGACGCUGCCCACUUUCACAUUGUUCAGGGGCCAAACACAUAUCUGCGUCAAACGGGCCUUCUCAUUGUGAUGGCAAUGGUCGGUUGUUUUGUGCCUGCUGAGUAUGCAAGCUUUCGUCUGCAUGACGCCUUACUUACUCGGCUCUCCAAUGAUGACGAUAUAGAGAAGAGUCUUAGCACGUUUGCAAAUGAAAUGACAUCCUCCGCUAUGAUUCCUAGAACACUGGUACUCAUCGACGAAUUGGGUCGAGGGACAUCUCCUAUUGAGGGUCUUGGUAUAGCACAUGCUAUUGCAGAGGAACUCAUCAAAUUAAAAUGUUUUGUUCUCUUCGCUACCCAUUUCCACGAGCUAUCGACCACUCUUUCUCGACAGCCUGCUGUGGUGAAAUUGUCCGUCCAGCGUUCACGUCCAUCGGCCUCUAACUUCGGCCUGACAUUUCAAUACAAUCUCGAUCAGGACUUGGAACUAGCCAAAUUAGCUGACCUCCCCGACGACGUGCUCACUGAAGCGAGACGAAUUGAACUGGUCGCAUAUCUGGCACGACUGCAGAGGGACUUCAUGAAGACUCUGAAGGAUACCCUUUGA